AUGCUGCCAACGACCGCCAUUACCGUUCUUGGCCUUGCGACUCUGGGCACGGCUGCCAGUAUCCUCCCCAUCAAGGUUGACCAACACAACACCCCUCAACUACGAAACCCAGAGAUCAACGAUGUGCGCCGCGAUCCUCGUGGCGUGAUCCAGGUUCAGGAAUGCACUGUCACUGGGUGCGAUAAGAACGACAAGAGAAGCAGCAAUAGCGAUAGGACCAGGCCAUGGCACUUCUCCAGCAAUCUUGGUGAUAGGAAUGCCGAAGCUCAAGAGGCAGGAAAGAAUGGCGAAUUUGUCUCGAGGGGAUUCCAGGCCCAAGAGUGUGGCGUUACUGGCUGUCUCGAGGAGGUCCGGGAUGGAGCCCGCCAUCUUGAGGACUACUAUCGCGAGAAGAGGCAGGAAUAA